AUGGCCGAGGAGGCGAUGGCGAGUUAUCUCUACACCGCCUACCGCCCCUACUCCUACCGCUACCCGCCGCCCAAGGGCAAAGGAGGGGCGGCGGGCAGCUGGCGGCCGCGGGGCAGCAGCAGCAGCUACUUCUCAGGCUACGGGGAGGCGGCCGCCGAGUACUUCGACAACUACCAGCGGGCGCAGCUGAAGGCCAUCCUCUCCCAGGUCAACCCCAACCUGACGCCGCGGCUCCGCAAGGCCAACACCAAGGAGGUGGGCGUGCAGGUGAACCCGCGGCAGGACGCCUCGGUGCAGUGCUCGCUCGGGCCCCGCACGCUGUUGCGCCGCCGCCCCGGCCCCGCCGCCUCCCGGGAGCAGGAGCUGGGCAGCCCCGCCACCACCAGCACCCGCGCCGUGCGCUUCCCCCGCACCAUCGCCGUGUACUCGCCCGUGGCGUCCCGCAGACUCACCGCCUUCCUGGAGGAGCCGAGCCCGGAGCCGGAGCGGCGGCCGCAGCAGCAGGACAAGGCGGCGGCCGUCGAGGAGGAGCCGGCCGCGCUGCGGGAGCAGCGGGCGGCGGAGGCGGCUGCCGUGCGGGCGAGCUGGGAGAAGCCCCCCGAGGGUGGCGCCGAGCCGCUGGAGCAGCGCCCGGCCGAGCCACUCGCGCCGCGCUCGGCCGCACCCCCGGAGCCGGCAGCGGAGGCAAAACAGGAGGAGGCAAAGCCGGCCGAGCCUCAAGCCCAGCCGGCAGAGCCGCCAGCCUCACCCCAGAAGCCGCAGUCGUCGGCAGGCAAGACCCGCCUGCGCUUCCAGUUCCUGGAGCAGAAGUACGGCUACUACCACUGCAAGGCCUGCAACAUCCGCUGGGAGAGCGCCUACGUCUGGUGCGUCCAGGGCACCAACAAGGUCUAUUUCCGUCAGUUCUGCCGGACCUGCCAGAAGUCCUACAACCCGUACCGCGUGGAGGACAUCACCUGCCAGAGCUGCAAGCAGACGCGGUGCACCUGCCCCGUGAAGAUGCGCCACGUGGAUCCCAAGAGGCCCCACCGCCAGGACCUCUGUGGGAGAUGCAAAGGGAAACGCCUCUCCUGCGACAGCACAUUCAGUUUCAAAUACAUCAUCUGA